AAGCUUAUGAUCUGUCUCGCCUAAAUGCACUGAUCCGUGAAGAGCGAUUCCCAAUCUCCAUACUCACUGUUUACCGCUCUAAAAUGGAAUUUAUUGUUGAAGAGGGCAAGCAUCUUCACGAGGAGUGCUCCACUAUUGUCUUGCCCGCGUUGUCGAUUGGAAAUGUGGGGCAGCUGGCAGUGGAUCUUAUGGUAUCAUCAACGAGAGCGGAGAGAAUUGGGUUCUUGGAUGAUCCUAACGUUCUUCCCUGUGUAGGGAACGACGCGUAUGGGCCGGUUCCCCAAGGCGAGCUCGCUCUUCCUCUUGAAGCUUAUGAUUUAUCAUCUAAUGGGUUGACUCUUCUCCAACAAAGAUCCCCCGUUGUUAAGGGGAAGAUGGUUGAAUUCGCAAAAAAUUUGGCUGAUUUUGCUGCUGCUAGUGGAAAGAAGGAUGUUGUUGUGCUCUCAAGCUUAGACUUUGCAAGGUGGCAAAAUAUUGAUAUGUCAAGUGGUUUGCAGAUGUACUACUUGUCUAGUACCAAUACUGAUGGAACAGAUGAUCACUGUGAGCAACUCAAUUGGAAAAGACUGCAGGAAUACAACCCUGACCAGAGGGGUUGGAAAUAUCUCAGCACUUUAGCUGAAGGAAAUGCCACGCAGGAAGACAACUUUCCUUUUGAAGAUGAGCUAGAAGAAGAAGAUUACUACCCAAGCUUGCCCUUCGCUGCACUCUUUUCUUGUUUUAAGGCCAGAGGUUUGAAAGUCACCUGCUUAUUAUGUUACUGCUCAGAAGGAGACAACAUACCAGAUGCUUUUCAUUUGGCUGAGGCUGCAAGCAAACUUCUUGGGCUGAGUCCCAGUAAUUUCCAUGGCAAUGAAGGUGGUAAAUGGCUCGUACCAUUUUCUUGGAAUACUGUGUAUGGACCGCCCCCAGAUAUGUCCAUCUUUUAGGCUGUACUAACCGAAAGACCGGAGAUUGGAUCUCCAUCCUUAUUCCCCGAUGGGUUGUGGAAAUCUGGCGGUGCUUUUGCAUGCAUGUAAACAGUAACUUAUUAUGUUGGGAAUUAAAGAUUUGGAUAUCGUUUUUUCAUUUGUUGGACA